CCAUAGGAGUAGGCUGCUAGGCGUUGUCUCACAAACUCCAUGCUUCCCCAUUUUCCUCCGCUUCCUCCUCUGCUCCUCCUCCUCCAGGAAUAGAGCUUCCUGGAGGCCGAGAGGGGGGACAUCGAAAAGAUUUCCGACCUCCCACCGGUGCUGAUUGAUUUUGGAUUUCAUCCCCUGGAAUCCCGUCGUUGACGAUGAGCUCCGAGCCCAGGGAGCUGCUCGGAAUCGACCCCGGCGAGCUCCGCUUCGCCUUCGAGCUAAAGAAGCAGAUCUCGUGCUCACUGCAUCUAACAAACAGGACAGAUGAGUACAUCGCCUUCAAGGUUAAGACAACGAGCCCGAAGAAGUACUGCGUCCGGCCAAACAACGGCAUUGUGGCGCCGCGAUCAACAUUCGAUGUCCUCGUAACAAUGCAAGCGCAGCGGGAGGCGCCACAAGAUAUGCAAUGCAGGGACAAAUUCCUUGUGCAGAGUGCCAUAGUGAGCCAGGACAUCGCACCACAGGAUAUCACCGGAGACAUGUUUACCAAAGGAUCGGGCAAUGUGGUGGACGAGGCGAGGCUGAAGGUUGUUUAUGCCCCACCAUCGCAACAGGCUUCCAUAAAUGAGGGGUCUGAUCAGGAAAGUAUGGGCAGUUUGAGUUAUCAAGAGACAACAAGAGAACUUGCAGAACCAGAAACAAUAACUUCUGAGCCCUUGGCUUUAAUUUCGAGGUUGAAGGAGGAGGAGAAUUCUGCUGUUCAACAUAACAAUGAACUUCGAGAGGAACUGGAUCUCCUAAGACGGGAAAUCAGCAAGCAGAAUGGUUAUUUCUCACUAGUUUUUGUGCUUUUGGUUGCUAUCCUGGGCAUCCUAGUAGGCUAUCUCAUGAACAGACAAGCUUGUGUAAACAUGUAGAUUGUUUCUGUUUUCUGUGAAGACUUGAAUAUUAUAUGUACUCUCGGUCAUGUUAGCCAUCUGCCCCUUACCUUAGGAUCUGACGCCUCUUGUCUUCUAAUUCAUGCUAGCUACUAUACGUCUAUACCCAGUCAAUAAGUCGUCUAUCACCCUAAACUCUUCAUAUCUUUCCGAUUGUUAGUGGAUCAAUGGUUUAGCCUAUUCGGUUAGGAAGAUAUUAUGGCUGAUUAUUUUCAUCUUUUGUAAAGAGAAUAGCUGCUAUGAUACUAUGGCUUCUGGUGUAUAUGUUGGAUUUUUCUGUAUUGUAUGGAUACACUCAUACAGAA